CAGAUUGGCUGUCGUUGCGGCAGCUGUAGGAAGGGGAGGCCAUUUUCCGUUUUUAGGAAAAGUGAGGGCGACGGGAGAGAGAAAAGAAGGAAAAGAAAGGGCUUAGCGCCUCCCCGCCGGGCCGUGAACAAGAGGGACAGUUUCGGCAGGCGGGUGAGGUCGCUGAGGGCCCGGAGAAGAUGUUUUCCCUGUCGAGCACCGUGCAGCCCCAGGUUACAGUUCCUCUGAGUCAUCUCAUCAAUGCCUUCCAUUCACCAAAAAGUACAUCUAUUUCUGUCAGCGCAUCAGUUUCUCAAAACCAGCAUCGAGAUGUGGUUCCUGAGCAUGAGGCUCCCAGCAGUGAGCCUAUACUUAAUUUAAGGGACCUUGGGUUAUCUGAAUUAAAAAUUGGACAGAUUGAUCAACUGGUUGACAGUCUGCUUCCCGGAUUUCAUAAAGGCAAAAACUUUUCUUCCAAUUGGCAUACAUCUCAUAUUUCUGCACAGUCCUUCUUUGAAAAUAAAUAUGGUUGCUUAGAUAUAUUUGGUACUUUACGUCCCUCUUGCUUGUACAGACAACAUUCAAGAACUCUUAAAAGAAUUUGUUCAGAUCUUCAGUUCUGGCCAGUUUUCGUACAGUCUCGAGGUUUUAAAACUUUGAAGUCAAGGACAAGACGUCUCCAGUCCACCUCUGAAAGAUUAGCAGAAACACAGCACACAGCACCAUCAUUUGUGAAGGGAUUUCUUUUGCGGGACAGAGGAUCAGAUGUUGAGAGUUUGGACAAACUCAUGAAAACCAAAAACAUACCUGAAGCUCACCAAGAUGCAUUUAAAACUGGUUUUGCAGAGGGUUUUCUGAAAGCUCAAGCACUAACACAGAAAACCAAUGAUUCUCUAAGAAGAACUCGCCUGAUUGUCUUUAUUUUGCUGGUAGUUGGCAUUUAUGGGCUCUUAAAAAACCCAUUUUUAUCUGUCCGCUUCCGGACUACGACAGGGCUUGAUUCUGCUGUCGAUCCUGUGCAGAUGAAAAAUGUUACCUUUGAGCAUGUUAAAGGAGUGGAGGAAGCUAAACAAGAAUUACAGGAAGUUGUUGAAUUCUUGAAAAAUCCGCAAAAAUUUACUGUUCUUGGAGGUAAACUUCCCAAAGGAAUUCUUCUAGUUGGGCCACCAGGGACAGGAAAGACACUCCUUGCCCGAGCUGUGGCCGGAGAAGCCGAUGUUCCGUUUUAUUAUGCUUCAGGAUCGGAAUUUGAUGAGAUGUUUGUGGGUGUGGGAGCCAGCCGUAUAAGAAAUCUUUUUAGGGAAGCAAAAGCAAAUGCCCCUUGUGUUAUAUUUAUUGAUGAAUUAGAUUCUGUUGGUGGGAAGCGAAUUGAAUCUCCAAUGCAUCCGUAUUCACGGCAGACUAUAAAUCAACUUCUCGCUGAAAUGGAUGGGUUUAAACCCAAUGAAGGAGUUAUUAUCAUAGGAGCCACAAACUUCCCAGAGGCAUUAGAUAAUGCCUUAAUACGUCCUGGUCGUUUUGACAUGCAGGUUACAGUUCCAAGGCCAGAUGUAAGAGGUCGAACAGAAAUCUUGAAGUGGUAUCUCAAUAAAAUAAAGUUUGAUCAGUCUGUUGAUCCAGAAAUCAUAGCUCGAGGUACUGUUGGCUUUUCUGGAGCAGAGUUGGAGAAUCUUGUGAACCAAGCUGCACUGAAGGCAGCUGUUGAUGGAAAAGAAAUGGUUACUAUGAAGGAACUAGAGUUUUCCAAAGAUAAAAUCCUAAUGGGGCCUGAACGUAGAAGCGUGGAAAUUGAUAACAAAAAUAAAACCAUCACAGCGUAUCAUGAAUCUGGUCAUGCUAUUAUUGCAUAUUACACUAAAGAUGCAAUGCCCAUCAACAAAGCUACAAUCAUGCCACGAGGGCCAACACUUGGACAUGUGUCCCUGUUGCCUGAGAAUGAUCGAUGGAAUGAGACCAGAGCUCAGCUGCUCGCCCAGAUGGAUGUCAGUAUGGGAGGAAGAGUGGCUGAGGAGCUUAUAUUUGGAGCUGAUCACAUUACAACAGGUGCUUCUAGUGAUUUUGAUAAUGCAACCAAAAUAGCCAAGCGGAUGGUCACCAAAUUUGGAAUGAGUGAAAAGCUUGGAGUUAUGACCUACAGUGAUACGGGGAAACUGAGUCCAGAAACUCAAUCUGCUAUUGAACAGGAAAUCAGAAUCCUUCUGAGGGAGUCGUAUGAACGAGCAAAGCAUAUCUUAAAGACUCACGCAAAAGAGCACAAGAAUCUCGCAGAAGCUUUAUUGACCUAUGAGACUUUGGAUGCCAAAGAGAUUCAGAUUGUUCUUGAGGGGAAGAAGUUGGAAGUGAGAUGAUAGCCCUUGGAAUGGAUGCAUUGCUGUUAUUAUUGCAAGAAGAUAAGUAGCAUUGCAGUAGUCUUGUUUUGCGACGCUUUCCUCCCAUUCUUGACUUGGUAUCACUCAAGGGUGUGAAACACUUUGUCAAUCUUCUGUCACAUUUACUGAAUUUUAUUACUCUCAUGAUGGACACCUACUUCAAACAGCAAAUUUAUUAAAGAAAAUAAAGAACUAUCAGGAUUGAAAACA